UCCGGCCUUUACGACAAUCACAAAGGGGGCGUGUCAUAUGACAAAGUGAAAGUAAAUCAAAGCUGCAAAAUGUUGUUGAUGUUCGAAGACCAGCACAAGGAACACUUGUCGUUUCUUGCAAAAGUUAGUCCAGAUGUGGUUAAGGAGUUCUGCAGAAUUAGUAUGGAAUUCAUCAGAAAAGGGACGAAUCCAAAGAUUUUCCAAGGAGCAGCACAAAAACUGAAUGUUGACGUGGAUACUGUACAGCAUGGAGUAGAGGGGCUUAUGUACUUAAUGACAGAAAGCUCUAAGCUUAUGUUGAAUGAGAUUGAUUUCCAAGACUCCAUUAUGACACUUGGAUUCGAGGAGGACAUCAGACAAACACUUCUGGAGAUCUACCUACAGAAUCGACGAGAAAUUAGAACCAUCUUAUCAGAAAUGUCCAUGGAUCUCCCUCAUUACCAUAACCUGGAGUGGAGAUUUGAUGUACAGUUGGCCAGUAGGUCACUCAGAAGACAGACCACUCCCACAAUUCUGUUCAAACUUCAGACAGAAGAGUCAGGAGUCAAGGACACUACAAUUCUACAGACUGACCCAGUGAACUUAAUGCACUUAACCAAAGUUCUGGACGAGGCGCUUCAAGAAAUGAAGUCACCCUAUUGCAGGAGAAUAGUUAGAAAUAUUAAAUGAUUUGAAACUCUAAAAUAUGUGCAUUAAUCUUUGACAUUUCUAGAGUGGAUGCCUUGAUAUACAAUGUUUUCUAAGUGAAACAUUCUUUAUGUACUGAUGUGUGAACCAAGGUAGAAACAAGCUGAUAAAAAGUAAAAGGAACAGGAAUGACAUGCUUUCUAAAUCCAUCCACCUGAACAAUAUGUGACUUUCACUGGAAAUAAAGUCAAUACAUUGAACAUCAUAUAUACUGUACUGAAUUUUAUACAACAUGUAUAUUGUUUGUACUUUUUUUGUUGUUGUUGUUUAAGUUAUACAAGUAAAUAUUUGUCCAAUUUUCCAAUAAAAUUAAACUGUUCUAUCACAGUAAAGAAAUGCCAUUUGCUUUGAAAAGUUUACAUUGUACCAAAUGAAUAUACGAGAGGCAUUAAACUGAUAUAUCAGGUUUAUGAACUAAAAAACAUGUCAUCAAC